AUGAACAGGAUAUAUUCCAUCGCCACCAAAGUCGUUGUUUGGCUGGGAGACAUCGAUUCUGAACAAGCUACAGAAGCUUCUAGAUGUGUGAAGCUGAUUGCGAAUCAAUGUAGAAAAUCCCAAGAAGAAGGUGGAUUAGGCGAGGCCAGCACAGGCGUAUACUUUACAAUGCAAGUACCAAGCAGUGAAUUUGGAAAAGCUGCGCAAGAGAGCUUGAGGCUUUUGUAUGCUGAGCCUUGGUUUCCAGAGUUUGGUGUAUCUAAGAAACCAAAUUGGCCAAAUGUUGGACUGGCAGCAACUUGGCUAUUUCACAGCGUGCCUAUAAGAGCUAUUGAAUUUGACCAAGAGGCUUUCUAUGCAGACAUCGACAAGACGAAUGCACACCACAUGUUGGAACUCAACAAAAACAACACGAUCUACUUGUCCUACUUGUCCUACUGGAUCUUCGCUGGUCCUUCAAAGCAACCAACCCUCGAGAUAAAGAUUACGGGGUCCUUGCCCUUUUCUAUCCAACGAAGAAAUCCAGAACUUUGUGUGUGA